AGAAAACAACCCUACCAGGGGCUGCAACAACAAAACCAAACGAACCGCAUUAUUAUUUUGCCAAAUUGUGGAAUUAAACUUGCUAACACUCCAUUUUAACAGGCUACAAUUAUGUCUGCAGAGUGGGUGUGUGUCCAGCGCCAGCAAGAUGAGUGUCGCCGUUAUCUUGAUCAGUUCAAAGUUCUAGACCAUCCGCUGAAACAGUCAACGAUAACGGUUCUGGAAAGUCGCGGCACUCGCAGCGGCAAGGUUCCAGUGGCUGCAAAUGGGAUUUCACUCGGCAGUAGUAAUACAGCUGCUAUGUCCGCCGCAACACUGUCGCUCGAUCCGCUAAGCAUUGCCUUCGAUGGAUCGGACCCAUUGAGUCAAUUCGCAAAGCAGCAGGUGACGUCGCUGGGCAAAGAUCCGCUGUCGCGAAUGGCUGCUGAGAUGGAAGGUGCUCUGCCCGUUGCGAAGUCAACCGCGCUGGGAUCUCGAAGCUCGCUUAGCAGAUCGAAGGAGCCAACUAAUCUGCUGGAGCUGGAUCUGAUCGAACCAUGGGCCGCCCGUCGUGGAGCCAUUCUGAACAAAUAUACCACCUCGGAGAAGCUGUCGAUCGUGACCAGCUUCCUCACCGGUGGGGAAACCAUCAAACCGCAGACGACAAUGUCGGAGAAGGUCAAAUAUCGAUUGGAGCAGCUGGAUGACUUUGACGAAGGUUCCGUGCGACAGAUGCUUGACCUAUCGCAGCAGGAGUACGUUGUUAAGAUCGAACAGCUGAAUCACGAGUUGGUGCAAGCAUGGAAUCAGGAUCAACGUGUGAAAGCGCUCAAAAUUGCAAUCCAAUGCUCGAAGCUGCUGUCCGACACGUCCGUCAUCCAGUUUUACCCGUCGAAGUUUGUCCUCAUCACCGACAUUCUCGACAUCUUCGGUCGACUCGUGUACGACCGGCUGCGUACAAAAGCCGACUACGUGCAUCCGGGUACGCGUGAAAUGACUUCUCUGCCGGAAAACUUUACCCCCGACAUGGUACCGGAAUCGGCGAAGGAAACGUGCCAGAACUGGUUCUACAAGAUCGCUUCAAUUCGAGAGCUGCUUCCGCGGCUGUACGUAGAGAUAGCGAUACUGCGCUGUUACAGCUUUCUGGCGCAGGACGAGUUUGGGCUGGCACUGCGAAGGCUCACGAAGAUGAUCCGCGGUAUCGGCGAUCCUCUGGUGGCCAUCUACGCCCGGUGCUACUUGUGCCGGGUAGGCAUGAGUCUCACGCUCGAUCGUACAUACAUAAGCGAAAACCUCGACGACAUCCUAAUGAUCUACCAUACCAUCUUUAACGGUGGCAUCCGGUCGGAAAUAGCACGCCACCGUAUCACAUUGAACGGUUACGCCUCCCUGUACCUUCCGGCACUGGAUUGGAUCCUGCAAGGGGUGGCCAUUCUGACGACCGACAAUCAGCUGGACGACAUUUUGCAACGCUGCAAGGAGAAGAAAAAUCCCGCCCUGCUGCUACAGUCCAUGAUGCAGUCCUUCCGCUCGGAUUUUAUCGCUUCCCGGGCCACACAUUUCGUCCAGAUUCUGUCCACCAUCUCGGUGGAAGGACUAUCGCGUGGGCAGCUCUUUCGACUGCUCGGAAGCAUUCUGAGCCACACGCCACCACCCGCAGAGCAGCGGCUGAGUGUGCUGUCGAGCGCCAUGAAAGCAAUCACCUCGCUGGGAAAUGUGGAGGAGUUUAUGCAGUGUGCAGAAAUGUGGGCACAGUACACCAGUCAACACUUUGGGCUAAAGGAGGUCGACAUCUUCCUGGGAAGCGUGCUUCAACAGAUGGCACCUAAACGCAUCUACGAGCAGCACUAUCACGAGCUGCAAGUCAUCACGGACAAGAUUGUGUCGAACGCUCAAGACGUGCACGGCAUACUGGCGCUGGACAAUUUUCUUCCACUGUUGGACCUUUUCCAAAAGGAAUCUAUCAAACUGGAGGUGUGCAAGAACAUUCUCACCAGCUACCGGAAUGCUACUGCCUGUGAUAAUGCGAUCAUCAACGAUCCGGUAGUCACCAAUGCGCUCAUGUACAUCAGCCGAGUUUUGAAUGACUCUGUGAACGCACUCACCGGGGAGGACGAACGCCGCCAAAUCAGCGGGCUUAUAUGCCACUUCAUUCGAAAGGUAGAUUUUGGACGCGACUUUGAACAGCAGCUUGCUUUCUACGUCGAGGCACGCUCGGUACUGUCCAAUCUCGACACGGCACUAUCCACUCUCAUACACUCGGUCAACCGGUUAGCUACCAGCACGCGACGGAUCGUCAAGGGUCAGCAUACGCAGAAAACGGCCGCCUUCGUGAAGGCGUGUGCAGCCUACUGUUUCAUUACAAUCCCGUCCAUUAUCGAUGUUCGAACGCGCAUGGAGCUGUACCUGCAGUCCGGGCAGGUGGCGUUGUUGAACGUCUGCCUGCAGCAUGCCGAUUCGUGCUUUGAAGCCGCCAUCAAUCUAAUUCCCGAAGUCCCACGGACGGUGGAAAACGACGGCAAGGUGCAUUCCACGGAAGGCUUCAUCAAAACGUUCAUCGUCAAUUUACUGUCCACGCUCGUCAUCGUACCGGAUAAUCCCACCCAAGGUGUGCUGUACUUGUUGCGCCUGUUGCUGGAAGUAGUGCCGAAGUAUCCGUUCGAACCGACGUCGGACAUUCUUUCCAGCAUCUAUUUACAUGUGCUCGACUUUCUGUCUGUUGCGGCACAGGAGGUGUACCCGUACCAUAUCGUGAAUGUAAUUUCAAACGACGAGCUGUACGGGUCCGAUCCUAAAUUUAUCGCCGAAGUAAACGAGCUCUGCUGCACAGUGUGCGACAAACUUCUGCAGCAUUUGAAAGUGCUGCUGGAAUCGAAUGCCCUGCGCGCACAAUCGCAGCUGGCGCUGGAUCUGCUGCUCAAGAUCAUUACCGGCGCCGAUCUCUCGGUAGACAAGAUGUUUACUCUGACGGUUCAUUUGUGGAACCUGGCCGUGAAGAACCGAACCGCAAUAGAAGCGAAGCAAUUGCAAACUGUUAUACAGUACACUGAGCAUCUGGCACAGGUCACUCAGCUGGAAUCGCAACGGCAAUGUCUCUGGAUGCUGUUGGAGAGAAUGAAAUCUCGGAAAUAAAGCUCAAAUCUCAAUGCGAGGUUCUUCUCGCUCGUUUCGAAGCACGCAAUAACACACUACAUACAUUUAUACUCAUUCCCACGCUGCAGUGAACUGUUUGCAGCGAAACUGUUGUAUAAUCGACGUAUUAUAUUAUAUAAAUAAAAGCAAAUCAUUUUAAAUAUUUCAACAGAGCGCUCUUUCGGAAAGCAUCCCCGGAGACGUUGGGGGAAGAAGUGUCAAGGGAUUGAGAUGGAUGGUGAUCAUUACAAAUGAAAAAAAAGCAAACCAAUACCCCGUCGCUGAUAUUUCACGCAGUCCACAGAUUUAGCGCAAUUAAAAAGCUGCUCAAUAGCUACUACUAGAAUUGUUUAUUUCCAUUUCUUGUUUCAUCUUGUGUGUUUGUGUUUGCUGCUGCUGCUGCUGUACUCUUACAUUUUACCGUUUUAUUUUGCUUUAUCUAUGGUUCUGUUACAACGUGUGUUUGUAUCCUGCCUGCGCGUUCCAUAUGAAAGAAGCUAUCUGUGUCUCUUCGUACUGUAUUUUCUUUUGUUUUUCCUUCUUUUCAGUUUUUUUCCCUAUGUAUCUCCAGAUAUUUCCCUUCCUACGCGUUUUAACUGACACCGAUUGCUCUACAGUUUCGUAACCUGCUAAGAAGUGUAUGAUGUUCCUCGUGUUGGAGCUGUUCUGAUGGAGGAGAUGGUAGCUGCUCUCGCGCUUAGCGUUUUAUGGUUUAGUCAAACGGUGUGUAAUGUUUUUGCGAGCGAGUGCUGGCACGAGUCCUUUCGGCUACCAUCAACCAAUUCUAAAACGUUUACGUUUAGACCUGACGUGAUAUACUGCUGUCAUGAUACAUUAUUAUUGCAUUUUUGUUUUGUUACGCUUCUUUUCCCCCAAUUAUGCCUCUUGUGCGGCACGGAAAUUGCUCGGGACGACAGAGGUGAUUUUUUGUUCAUUUUCUCUUGGGUUGUGACGAUUGUAUGUGUAUUUACGAUGGAUAAGUAAUGUUCACGAUAAUGGAAAUUCACACCGCGUUUGUUGUUGUCCAUAUGCAUAUGCUUGGCAAAAGCGCGAUCCACAUGUUUCGUUUGAUUUUAGUUUACUGUUUGUUCCAGUUACCUGCGGACGCUGUUUGAAAGGCGAGUAGUAGUAGCAGUAGUUGUUGCUGUUGUAGUAGUAAAACCACCCUAAGUAACAUGUGUUCGAGGCUGCUGGUAUUUUUAUGUCGCAUGCAUUAGCCAACCAUUCAGCAGCACGCACAGUAGAAUGAGAAAUUUGAAUUACAUGAGUA